GUAAACGCUAUCAGUUGUGCCAGGACAAAAACGAUCAGUGGCUAGAGUGACAUACCGGAUUUGUUUGACUAGCCUACCCUAAAGUCGUUGACUAAGGUACCGAGCAUAUUACCGUCCGGUAUUCGCGAGUUCGAUAGCGACCAUACAACACACGGAGAAGCAGGUAGUAGAAAAACCGUUUCUUACCCAAGGUACGAGCGGCGCAGCUAAAGGGCACGCGCCCCCGUACCCCCUGGCAUGCGACAUGAGGUGCACGUAGAGGACUGAGUUUCCGUGUCUGUGUGACUGCUUUUUCAUGUUAGACUAAAGCAGAAGAGUCUUUUUCUACAUGACCAUUACAAGGGUAAAAUUAUAUCUCGUGUUCGGGACAGUAGUUGUCUGGGGGCUGUGACGAUGUAGGGGCUUGAGUUCGUGUACUUGCAUCGAAGCAGGGAUUUCCGGAAGACACCCCCAGGCCCAGCGGGCGGGUUGUAGAAUUCAGCACCUCGAGACAUACACAAACACCCGUCAUGUUCUGGCACUUUUCCCCGGGAAAACUUCGUGACCAAAGGACCGACAGAAGAGCUUGUUUUCCUUUCGCAGCUUCUCCACAGAAGACACAGCACAAGGACGACAUCGUUCAACCAGGCUUCAUUAAACCGCUGAUGUUUUUGGAAACACAGAGGCACAGCGCUGCUGCAUAAGUCGUGUAUCGAUCGAGGACACAAUGGGAAUUCUAUCGAGAGCUUUGUGGGCUCUUGGGGCUAGUAUCAGUCUCUCUUUUUCAUGGGAACUAACAAUUGCAGCGUCGGAGAAUCCGAAUCCUCAGUCGGGCGUGCCAACGUGUGACAGCAAUAGAAACGGCAUAACAGUUGAUUUUCCAGAAGACGGAAUGAAAUUCCAGUUCAAGUGCGGUCCCGCCUUCAAAACAUUGGUCCCGGCUGAACUUGAAAAUGUAUACGAGGUGCAGGCAGUCACCUCAGCUCGUAUCUCUUGGUUAAUCGUAGGUGCUGGUGAAGAAGUGGACCUUGAGACACAGGGUCACACCAAAAAGCGUCUGAGUGAAUUGUAUGCUGAGGCUACCCUGACGGAGGCAGGGGAGUCGGAUAACAAGGUCUACACUCUCCAGAUCCCCGACACCAGCCGCAUUCAGGAAAAGAAAACCCUAAGGUAUUUUUGCAAAAAAGCUGAAGAGCAAGAGAGGAAUGCAGUGGAGAAUUAUUGCCUUGUCACCAUUAAUGUCCCGCCUAAGAAUUCUGGGGGCGAAGGCAGCGAUCGUCCCGAAGAAGAACAAGAAACCGAGAACGUCGUUACGUGUACAGCACGCAGUGGGAACCCUAAAGUUACUGUUUCCAAGGAGAACCAAACUGUUCAGCUCAUCUGCGAUCCCCGAGACACGUCCACGCUGAACCCCCAGAACCUCAUCGAGGUUUUUGACAACAAGGAUGGAACCUGCGCCCAGAUAGCUGCUCUCUCAGAACUGGUUCCCGAGGCAACGCGUUCCGAUAAAGACCCUGAUAAUGGAGCGUACACAGUGACCUUCCCCAAGCUACCCUCUGAAAAACAAGCUCUCUGCUACUCGUGUAGCGCAUCGGGCCAUCCGGGCCUCCUGCGCACUGAGCCAUGCCAGAUCCAUAUUGAAGUUUCUGCAGCGACUACCGCCACCACAACGAUGCCCACGACUUCAGAUGCCGUUACGCGCGUGCAAGCAGCACUUGGCCAAACCACAGCUGGCGUCCUUUUCGCUAGCAUUGUGGGCGUUGCAUGUCUGGCGUAGAGGGAUGGGAGGGGUGGGGAAGUGAAUGCCACAAGGAUGCUCCGGGAUACGUGACUGUUUUAUAUGUAUGUGAGGUUGUUCGUCCUUCCACUUCCAGAACGAUGUUGUCGGGUUCCCUCUUCCUCGUAAGUCUCUUUGGUCUGUUCCGCACUACGACCUGUUGAGUAACAGACAAUAUUCCGACGACGACAGAAAUUCGCAUGUAUUUUCCCUUCCAUGUAAGACGUUGAAACAUGAAUGACCGGUACCUCGUCUGUGCUGUGGCCACAUUCCCUCACCUCUGCCACCCGUGUUUUGUUUAGCGGCCCUCUCUUGGAAACUCUUUACAGAAGUGAACGGGUGACGACAGCCCCAAAACGUUUUGCUUUGCGCAUCACGAUUGUCCGUUAUUCGCUGUUUAUGAGCCAUUCUUUGUUGCUUUGAGCAUUUGAGUAUAUGACAACCGAGGCAGAUGACUUUUCAAUUGAAAGCACGAGAUAAAGACGGAAGCAUGAACAAGCCAAAUACUGCACUAGCAAGACACUGUUCAGCAUCCACCAACAGCCUGUGUGGUUGUGUGAACUAUUGCGCAGGAAACUAAUUUCAUCAGGCGACUUGUCACUGGACCUCAAUCGGCCUACAGAGACUGGUUCGUCCAGCUACACUGCCUUGUGUCUUGAGGGGGUCGGACAAUGCAGUCCACAUGUUGAGUAUGAUAUGUGCCAGUGAAAUAGUCACGCAAACCAUGCAAAAAAUUGUAUAGCUACGCCCGCCCGGGACGUCCGUAUUAGAGACGACGAACUAUGAAAUGCCCCUCUAAGAGAAAUGUUAUAUCACUCAGAUGCGUACGCUUG